UGUUUAUUUUUCAACCUUUUCAACCAACUCUUCUCGAAUCACGACACGAAAACCUUCUCAUAUGCAAUCCACUUUUUUCCUACGAUCACUUACGAUUAUCUUACUGAAAUUACGCAUCAUGCAGUACCUAUUCUCCAGCGUACUACUUGUUCAUCACACAUCCAAACCAUCCCGUCGUUCGCUUAUUGUUAUUUCGCUUAAUUGCGGGGCUUCAAGUUGCAAUGUCACAAAAUUUUGAUCUACGUUCAGCCCCGCAAGCCGAAGACCAAGGUCAAAAGUCACAAUCCAGUUCGUCGCAAGCAAUACGGCAAUGGAUCCCUCAACAAACAACGAAUCGAUUUCCGGCACCGAGGAUCUACGAGUACGGGCCUCAGCAAGUGCAGGAAGGUGACACGGCCAAUGUCGGUCUUUCACUCGUCAAUGUCGAAUUAGCGUCCAUGUUACGCAUCGCUUUUGGCUCUUGCGUCCUACCUACCCGCUAUUUCACUGUCAAUCCUUCGUCCAACCUAGUGUCACUGACAGCUCUCGUGCCUAAUUGGCAGCUGACACAGACGGCUGACGGAUCCCGUGUUCCAGUGUUUGUUGUUGCAUGCAAUCCCUCGGACGGGCAGGAGGUUCUCGAUAGCUGGUUUGCAGGUCACAUUGAUUAUUAUAUUUCGCGGAAACGGUCCUCGGCUGAAUUCAGAGUCGAUUAUGAUGCCUUGGCAAAACGAACUCGAUCCAACGAACCCAUACCAGAUCCUACAGGAGCCGCCGCCGCAGCAGCAGCUUAUAUGGUACCUGGGUACUCUGGCUACUAUGGUUUGCCACCGUCACCGUAUAUGGGUAUCCCCGCAGCUCCGCAACAAUCGUCCUCGCAACCUUCAACGCGGUAUGACGAUCCAAAUGUCGCUUCGGCACAAAUGAUGGGUUACCCUUACCGAUCUACUCUUGGAUCAGAAUCUGCGUCAGGAUUUGGUUACGGGCAACCGGAUCUCUCUCAGACCUUAUCCACCGAUAUGAGUUCGCUUGGAGGCGCGCCGCCGCCGCAUUCAUCGCUUGAAUCCUCCACUUCAUCCUCGUACUUAUUACCCCAGCAGCAACAGCAACCACCGCAGCAAACAUCACCCCAUCUACAACGCCAUCCCGGGCCUCCUCCUCACCCAUCCAAUGUAUCGCAAUCCAGUUACAUCGAACCGGCCGUUUCAGCCGCAUCUCAAAUGUUGCCUGGCAUGGGAGUCAUGGCUACGACGCCAUCCACCUCCUAUUACGACCCAUUCGCCAAUAUACUGAACAAGGCUAAUUUGCGCGUCGAAGGCAAUCUCGAUGAUAUGGUCCAAAACUGGUCCGCCGAAGAAUGGGAGAAUCAGCGUCGCCUUGUCCGAUUCUGGCGACGACAAGAAGGCAACGAAGUCAUUUGCAGCUUUGCGCCGGUUCAGCUACCCCCGGACAAACGACAACACCCUCAGAACAUUAUUGUCGUCUCGUGCAUAUAUUGGAAAGAGAAGAAUGACUAUUUCAUUACGUCCGUCGAUUGUAUCUAUCUCCUCGAGAGUCUUAUAGGAGUAAGAUUCACCGUCGAAGAGAAGAACCGAAUACGACGAAACCUCGAAGGUUUCCGGCCCUUGACGGUGAGCAAGCUGAAACCCGACAGUGCUGAAUUCUUCAAGUUGAUCAUGGGAUUUCCGAAUCCCAAACCACGCAACAUUGAAAAGGAUGUCAAAGUGUUCCAAUGGAAAUCAUUGGGCAUGGCACUGAAGAAGAUUAUCAGCAAAUACACCGCCAGCUACAGUAGUACGGCCAGUGUCAAUCUCGAAACGCUGAAUGCUACCAGUAGUCCUGGCCCAUCAAUGUCACAACCGUUACCAGCCGCAUCAGCAUCGACAGCGACGGCGACUUCUGCCGCACCGGUAUCAGCAGCACCCACCACCACCGCGCAGCCUACUAACCAGCCCACCGCUACUUCUCCUCAACCUGCCGCCACUACCGCCACCACUACUACCGAUGAAAACCCACCAGAGUCCUCACCGUCUUAGACCGUUCACUACCCGCUUAAACCUAGUUCUUAUUAUAUUAAUCAUUUAGCUUUUUUUU